AUGAAGGCGAGCGUCGUGGAGAAGAAGAGUUACGAACAGUUCAUCCAGGGCGCCAUAGACCAGUACAAGACUUCCCGCCAGGAUAUAAUGGUUAAGUUCCGCAACACGAGCCUGGCCACCCCCGCCCGCCGCCCCACCCCGGAGCCCCCUGACAAAGAUGUGGCCCCCACCAAGGAGGCGGCCAGGACCAACAGGGUGUGGGGCAAGACUAAUGGAAGGAGUGGCCCAUCUACCCCCAACUCACCCGCCACAAGACGACCUUUAUCUUCUGAGGUCACUAAGAAAGACCUCAGCAAUAAUAGCCGCCCCAACAGUCGAGCGGGCACCCCCAUCAGGCGUGGACUAGGAACCAGGAGUGCCACCUCCUGCAUGAUCAGGCCCCCAACUCGGGAGAAACUAAGCAGUGACUCCUUCAGUAAACCUCGAAUCCAGAGACAGAACAGCAGUAUUGUGGACCGGCACAGUCCCUCCAAGUUAUCCAGGUCACCAGGUAGUGGCGUCAGCAGGCUAGCAACACCUCGACGUACUGACAGCCUCACGAGACUCGACAAAUCCCCGGGCAUGGGCAGCACCCUAAGACUGAGCACCUCACCCCGCCCAGUCCAGCUCAUGAGGCACAACACUUCCCUCUCCAUGAGAACCUCGUUAAGAGGCGGUGCUGCCUCCAGUAGAGCAGAUGUCUUAACAAGUAGUGGAACCCCAAGUAACCUUCUCACUAAGUCUUACAGGAGAGCUGAUGCCAACAAACCAGAAGGCAGCAAGAUAGACAAAGCUUCAGGUACGGGAAACAAGACAGCGAGGGUGGGAGGGUCUAUCAACACUGCCAUCUCGCCCUCUGUUGCCAGACUUACUGGUCGCGUCACUAGUGUCAAAACCAAAAGUUUCCCCAUCGAAAAAAGUUUAUCCUUUGUCACAAAGUCUGUUCGAGAGCGUGGAAUUAACAGCAGCCUCCAGCCCCCGGUAGAGAGUACUGACGCAGACGGCCGCUACAAAGAGGCAACAUCCCCCAACAGUAAACCUUCCAGAGGUAAAAACAAUCAGUUCUCGGGAGGGAGAGUUAGCACCAGUAACUUGAGCACUCCACAAGAGCGUGGUGGCUCGAGCAGAAAAUUUACGGAAAGAAAUGUUCCUCGAGGCACGUUGACCAGGGAAGGAAGUACGCUGAGACCUCGAAUUGCAGAAGAGAAGUUUCGCCGUGUUCCAACCCCUACAACUGUGUCUCCCUCCAGCCAGGAGUCAACAGCAACUAAGUUAUCGAGCAAUAAGGUGACUGGCAGGCCUACGGGAGGGAACUCUAGGCACAUCCUCCCCAAGAUCACUCUCACCAGAACCAACAGCAGGAGCAGUCUGGGUCGCGACGACACCCCCACCAACGGAAGGGCCACUGACAAGGGCAGCACGACCCGCGCCGUCCACCGAUCUACCCACCCCCUCGCUCUGAACUUCCCGCCACGCAGACGCACUAUUGAUUUGGCUCCCCCAGGCUUCCGUGCCGAAGUUCCCAAGAUGACCUCCAGAGGGCUCGAGGGGUCUCACCACCCCUCGGUGAUGACGUCACACUCCAGUGACAACAAACCUGCUGGAAGGGGAGUACCGUCACGCACAGACAACUGUCUCGAUUUCGAAGGGAAUAUUCGGCCCAGGAGCUACAUAGACAGUGGUGUUAGUGAGGGAUAUGGUACGGGGGAGGAGGUGAGGGGUCGAAAUAGUGCAGAUAAAGUGGGAUAUACAGACGGGGAGGUUGUGAACACGAGGCCAGACUGUGAGGGCAACAGACACUACAACGCCUUCAACUACUGGCGGAGGAACCUGCCUGACGUGUCUAGUGAGAUAAAAUAUAUAUUACGGCCAGGUGAUCUCAAACUCUCCCCGGAUGUGAAUGGUAACCGACACCUUAUUUACAACUCCGAGGCCCGCAGUGUUGAAGGCGGGAGGAGAGGACCGCAUGAGAGGCGGGUGCUCGAGCUAACCUCCGACGGGAGGCCACGCCCACGGAGCCUCACGUACUCCCUAAACGAGUCCUCCAAAUACUACGCCCGACCAUUGACGCCUUAUAAGCAGCGGCAAAACCCUGACCUCAGCCCGCUGGUGUUGUUUGAUCCUGUCGGAGAAUCAAACACCGACGACAACCUACCUUGUGGGGAUGUUGACAGGGGGCCGCCCCGCUACGGCGACAAUGACACCAUCGACUAUGAUGACGAGACAAGCGAGGAACGUCUACGCAUAACCCGCUGCCGCCCAAAAUCCGGCUCCUUCAGCGACUACUCGAGGUUAGUCUCUGCGCGGCCCUUCGCGUCGCCUGGCAGCCGCUCCCCUUGCGGCAGCACACUCCAUGUCGACCAUCUCAACGACCCUGCCCGCAGGAACUCGGCGCCCGUCGAAGUAUUCAGGGACCUGGUGAGCGCCCUACACAAGAAACAGAGCGACUGUGUACAACCACCCUUGAGGGCAAGCGAGUGUUGGAGGUCCUCUGGGGACGAGAGUGUUGAUAGUGAGGGAUUCUUGUCGGGACGCUCAUCGGAGGGGGACAUCAACCACAACUCCCACAAGUUACAAGACCUCGACUCCGUUACCCCACUCGAAUUUGAUACUGACGAUAGUGACCUCUUCGAAGGCUUCUACGACAUGGGGAACAUCCAGGGCGCGGAGGGCAAGAAGGCAGGGAAAGCCGAGAAACAUAAGGGCAAGGGCCGGGGCAAAGGUGUUCGGGGCAAGUCACCCUCGAAGGCAAAACUAUAUGCAAGUAGAGAUACAUUAGAUGGGGGUGACAGAGGACCCGUGUGUGCCUCCCCCGUCAGCACACCGGGCACCAUCGCGGCAGCCACAGUAGGCAUUUCCACGGAGUCUAGCGUCCCUCGUCCAGUCCCAGCUGCAUCCCAACGUCCCACUACCAUAGUAACUGACUCAUGGAAAGAGGCACGAAAACCUAAACCUCUUGCAGCGGGUGAGGCUGUAGCCGGGGCCACAGGUGUAGCCUUCGUGGAUUCUUCCUCCAGCUCGGAGUCCGUCUUUACAGAGGCGCGGAGCGGCGGGGGACCCUACAGCCUACACGAUGCCCUCACUCCCGGUGACGGGGCCACCACGCCUGUGUUCACAGAGGCGUUGGAUUUGCCCAUUGAUGCUAUUAUGUCCGGCCAGUACAGCUCAAGUGAGACUUCCACUGCCUCGUCCAAACCCCCUACUGUCGCUGAAUCAGUGAAGUCCACCUUAAGUUCAACCGACGACUUAUUAAAGAAAACGCCACCAAUAUUAGAGACGGAAACUAGUUUAGAAUUGUUAAAGAAAACGGCGAGUGCUGAUGUCACACGAGAGAAAACGUUGGUUGGGUCGGGGAGGCAUGGAGGGAAGGUGCCGGAGGCCACACCCCCCCAUUCUUCCCCCACUCAGGUAGACAUAACAACACACACACGAGUUGAGGAGAGUCAGCAGACCCCUACACACGUUCACACGCCGUAUCUGUCCUCCGACCAGCGCGCCCAAUAUGUGAGUGAGGCUGUUGUGGCCCCUAUACAUGGCGUCAGUUCAGUGUCCAGUGGGGAUGUGGUUUGCCCUGAUGGUGUAGAUCUUGAUUUUAGUGUUUUCUCGAGUGAUCAGUGUGUGUUUGAGGAGCAUAGUGGAGAGUACUCCGGCGCCCGGUCCACAGAGCAGCCGCCCAGGUAUCUUUCGCUGUCAAACAGUGCUGGUGAGGAGUCUGUCGGCUCCUUCAUUUGUGUCAAUUUAGAGCCUGUGUCCUCAAGGCCCAAGACACAGUCUCUUGGGGACGUUCUCGAGGACCAGGAUGAUCCGGGGGACAAUUGGUCCCCUGAGGGAAAGCCCAGGUCCUACUCCGCCGACGACCUCGAGUUAGACCUUGAGGACUACGACGACGAAGAAGACUACUACGUCGACGAGGACAUGCCACAAGCUUCGGCGGCGGCUGCCCGAGGUGGGGGCAGUAGUGCAUUCAGGGUAUCCCGCCAUCGUAAGGUGGAGCUGCAGCCUGCUAAGCCCUUGGCCGCCCGCUCCAACAAUAACAACAACAAUGCCGCCAAGAAUAGAGCCCUGUCGGAAAACUGCAUCUCUGGCAAUGGCACUGAUCAGCGAGGAAGACGGAGUGGCAGCAGCGGGGAUGUGGGUGUGGUGGAUAGCAAUGUUCUCCGGAAAGUGGCCAGCCUUACCCUUGACCGGGCCACCAUCGACAAGAAGGUCACCAAGCCAAAGUUUGUUCCAGAGAAACUAGACUUUAAGAUUUACGAGAAGUUUGAAGGUCAAAUGUUGAUCAAUUGGUUUGUAAGUGCUUUUAGUGAAGGUCACUACUUGCGUCAUGUUGUCACACCACAAGAUCUCAAGAUUCUCGCCACACAAUUUUGUACUCAUCUUUUGGCUGCUGGAGUCAUAAACCAGAUAGAAGAUGUCAGUGCUCCCCUUGAACUUCUUUUUAGGCCUGACCUUAUGUACUUCUGGUCCCAUACCGAAGCCUGCCCUGCACAGAUCUUGACCCCGGGUAAAAUAUCUCCCUCUGCUUGGCCACCACCAAACUUUGCCGAACUUAUUUCAUCAGGUCGCCCAGGAGCCAAGUACACAGAAGCUGACCAAACCCCAGGGAAGGGCACUACAGAUGAUACCCCCCCUUGUGAUCCUAACGGGGUACUUGUCGAGCCUCAAGUGCAGAAAGUAAAGAACGGGGAGGGAGAAGAGUUCCAGCAGGUUGUAAUGGGCCUCAAGCGGGAACACAAAGAUUCCCUUGACCGAGUAGAGCGAGUUCAGGAGGUGUCUUUGUUCAACCUUAGAGGGGAGCAGGCAGAAAAAUUGUGCCAAUAUGAGCAGAGAAUUAGGGAUCUUGAACUGGAAUUAGAAAAACUCAAAACAUUCUCAGCAAUACAGGAACUUACUGCCAAGACGAAAGCUGACUUCGACUCACCAACCUCUCCAAACAAAACAGCACUACCUGCUAGUGGCCCUCAAUCACUGCCCCCUCCUCCCCCUCCCCCACCCCCUUCUACAGAACAAGGUGUGGCUGAUGCUUCACCCUCACUAGCCCAACGCAUGGUAGCAAGCCCAUCUUCCUCCUCUCUAUCACAGCAACCUUCAGGAAUGCUAGGGAUGGGAGCACCUCCACCACCACCUCCACCACCAUAUGUACUAUUUGCACCACCACCACCUCCUCCUCCUCCUCCUCCUUUUCCUAGCAUGUACCCCCCUAUGCCUCCACCUAUGCCUCCCCCAAUAUUUGGAAUGGGUGGUCCACCACCACCACCACCUCCUCCUCCUCCUCCUCCUCCUUUAGGUAUGGGUGGACCACCACCUCCUCCACCACCACCUCCACCACCACCAGGAAUGGGUGGACCACCUCCCCCUCCUCCAAUACCUGGUAUGGGUCCUCCUCCACCUCCUAUGCCUCCAGGCAUGAGAGGACCACCUCCUCCACCAGGAGCACCGCCACCUCCAGGUGGACCCACACCCUUCCCAGCCCCUCCACCUGGUGGUUGGAAUGCUGCCCGGCCAGCUGUUGUGCCAGUCUUGCGUAAAAAGCCUGUUAAUCCCAAAAUGGCUAUGAGACCUUUGUAUUGGACAAGGAUACAGUUAACUACACCAAAACCUGUAAAACCUGAACCUGAACCUGAACCGGAGCCUGAACCUGAACCGGAGCCUGAAGCUGAAGUCAAAGAUGAAGAUGCCACUGAUGACAAAGAGAAUAUGGAGGAAGGUGAGAGUGAUGGUAAAGAAGAGAAAGAUAAAGACAAGACUGAAGAACAACAAAAAGAGUCAACUGGAUCACUGAAGAAGAGAAAAAGAAUAUCUGAUGUUCCACUUUGGGAUGAAAUUGAAGAGGAAGAAUUUGAUGAAUCAGAGUUUGUAGAUUUAUUUGCAAGACAAGUUCCUCAGCCAAAGAAAAAGGAAAAGAAGGCAGAUAAGCCAGUUAAAGUCAAGGUUGCUAAAGUUCUAGAUAGCAAGAGGUCCCAAAAUGUUGGAAUUUUUAUAACAAGUCAGCAUCUUGACAGCGCAGAUGUUGAAAAUGCUGUGUACAACUUUGAUACUUCAGUUCUGGACCUGGAAGUGUUACAACAAGUAUAUGAAGUGAGAGGAAGUGAUGGAGAAGUGACCAUGAUAAAAGCACAAGCAGAAGCAUUGCCUGAUAUUCCUCUUGACAAGCCUGAACAGUUCUUGCUAGACCUCUCCAAAAUCAAUGAAUUUGCAGAGCGUACUGCAUGUUUUAUGUUCCAAGCCACAUUCACUGAAGAAAUUGGAGUUAUACACGACAGAAUUAAUAUGUUACAGAGUACCAUAGAUGUGCUCCUGAUAAGUGACAGCAUUAAAAGAAUAUUUGGGAUAAUUUUAGCUCUUGGAAAUUAUAUGAAUGGUGGAAAUAGAACAAGAGGGCAAGCAGAUGGCUUUGGGUUAGAGAUUUUACCCAAAAUCAAAGAUGUAAAAAGCAAAGAGGCUUCAUACACUUUACUGCAUUUUGUUGUCAACAAGUACAUUGAGAAAUAUGAAGGUCAAGAUGCUGGCACAGAUAAGGUACAGCUGCCUAUCCCAGAUCCGUAUAUUGUUGAACGUGUUUCAAAUAUCAAGUUUGAAGAUUUAGAGGCAGACUUGCAGGAAAUCUCAAAAAAUCUGAAAGUGUGUGAGAAUCGUGCUGAGAAGGUGAUCAGGAAAUCAGAUGAAGAACAUCUGCAGCCAUUCAAGGAUAUCAUGACAGAGUUCUUUGUCAAAGCGAAGGAAGAGCUGGAGACAGAAAAUGAGAAUCUAUGUGAUUGCAAGUUGCAAUUUGAUGUGGUUAUGAAGUAUUUCCAGUUUAGUGGUAAAGGGAAGGACGUAACACCAUACGAUUUCUUCAGUGUAUGGUCACCAUUCUGUAAUGACUUCCUUAAUAUUUGGCAGAAAGAACAACUGAAGCUUGUCAAACAAAGAAUGAAGGAAGCAGAAGAGAAAGUGAGGAAAAUGACAGAAGAGAAGAAGGAUGUUGCCAAGAAAACCAAAGAGGCUGGUGGAUUGAAAAGCAAACUUAAAGAUAAAUUGAAAACAAAGCAGUGAAGUGAACCAGUUUGUUAAUCAGCCAAGAAUAGGAUUUAGAACUUAUAUUUAAGUGAGAACAUUACAUAUAAUAGCCAGCUAUCAGAUUCUUGGUCAUAAAACUGUGAUUAGGAUUGAUGUUGUGAUACUCGUAUUAGAAUUUUCUGGCAAGAAUGACUUGAGUGUACUAUACUGUAUAUUUUUCAGGUUUUUUUGACAUUCUUAAUUGUUUGAUAAGGCUGUAUGAAAUGAAGCAUGUUAAUGGGAGUUUUGUAGAUAGUAGGCCUAUUAAGCAUAUUCUGUGUAAAUGGUUUUUAGAUACUUUUGAAUGAUCAAUGUAAUUGACAUGACAUUCUUUUUUCUUUUUUCUUUUUGCAAUUGAAAUUAUUAUAAAUUAUGAUUUUCCAGCAGUUCAUUUCUUACUGUAUCAUCAAAAAUGGAAUUGAUAAUGCCUUUAAGCUGAUUAAAAUUUCCUGUUGAUAUCGGGAAAAGGACUUAGUAUCCAUACCGUUGGUCUUUCGAUGAGGGCAAAUAUUAUGAGGGGCAGUGAUUUUUGGGGUUGAGUGACGUUAUAAUUGUCUGUAUGUCAGAAUGUAAGUCAUACCAAACUGAAAAUAAUUAUUUUAGGUGCCAUUUUGGACAAACUGGGGAUAUAAAAAUCCAAGAAUUUCCUAGGGUUUUGUAGCUAUGAGAAUCUGAAAAUUUGGAAAUAUAAUGAGUGUGAUAAGUCAGUACAGAUACUUUUAUUUUCAAAAUUUAAUGUUUUUAUUUUGGCCAAAUACUUAGUCACAAUUUGUACAUUCACAUAUAUUGUAUAUUUUCAUUAUCACUCCAUCAUAUCCAUGACAUAAUUGCUAAAACUCUUAGAUUUAUCAGUAUUAUUAUGCUUUUCCAUAUUAUAGUUCAUAUAAAAUUCUUAGUAUGAGCAAGGUAUUUGUAUACAUUACUCUCAUUUAUUCACUGGCUUUCUGUCUACAGUAAAUAUUCUGCAAAAAAAAAAGUAUUACAGUAAACACUCCGAGUACUGGACACCCGAGUAAUGACUCGUGCUGAUGUGGACGUCUGAUUGUGACUUAAUUAGUCAGGUACUCGGGGUUUUUACUGUAUUUUAUUAUGAAAUUAGUAUCCAUUUGGGUUUUGGUUGCCUUAUAUCAUUAACCUUGUAUAAAUAAAUAAAUUUAUCAUUCAUAUAUCCCAUCUUACCAUAGUGACUAGAGAAUUUGGCCUUAAUGAAGAAUAUACUGCCAAAAACCAUAUAAUUUUUGGAUAACGCCUCACUUAGCUCUUCAUAGUCACUCGGGUGUUCCGGAUCUCAUAUUGUAUGGUAGUUAUGGUGCUUCCAAAGAUGAAUCUUGCAUGGUGUCUGGUAGUUGAGAGGCCAGCUGUGCUUUUCAUAGUGUCUUUAUAAUGAUACUUGUUAAUAAACUAAUUUUUUAUA